AUGUCUUUGGUGCAAUAUUCUGAUUCCGAGUCUGACGAUGACGUGGAGUCUCCACCAGCCAAGAAGUCUUGUCUCAAACAACCUUCUUCUCUUCCGCCUCUACCAGCAGCUUUCCAUGAUCUCUAUGCCUCAAACGCACGUGUAAGUGUUCAGGAUAACCCGAGCUUACAUAGCGGUCGAAAACGCGCUGUUCCUCAUAUCGAAGGCAACUGGCCUACUCACCUUUCUCUCGAAUGUACGCACGUUUUUCUCCUAACUGAAUCCCACUUACAGAUUUAUAGAUUUAAAGUCACAUUCGACUCUUUGAAGUGGGUAUCCAACUUCAACAAGACACGCUGGUUCCUUGUGCUUCACGUCCAGAAACCAGAAGGCGAUGAACUGAACAGCCUGAUCAGGCUAUCCAAUAAAGUCAUGGCAAUGUUUGAUCAGCCACCGUUGUACACUUCUUCGAAGGACACGGAUCAGAACGAAAGGGACUUUACAGACAACUUCCACGUUUCCAUUGCAUGGUCUUUGACCGAACCAAGUGAUGAUCAAUCUCUACAAGUUACUGGUCAUGAUCUCGGGCGAGUGAAGGUUAUGCGCAUUCGAUUUGAUAGCGUCAAGGCCAAGGUUGGGAAUAAUGUCUCGAACAUACCAUUAAAAGAAGACCUCCAAGCAUUCCACGAAAAGCAUUUCCCAGGACUACCAAAUCCGAUUUGGCCUACACAACCCGCCGAAGAUUAUCCAGCCAAGGAAUACCAAGAAUACCAAGAAUACGAGGAAGAUGAUGAUGAUGGUCUUGGCUAUUAUCCAGACGGCGUGAAGCGCACUCUCACAAACGAGCAGAUUGCACUCUUCAGACACACCGAAAUCCAUAAAUUGAUUCGCAAAAGAGAGCUCGAGAAAGAUGCCGUUGAGCUUGAGCAGCGUCAAAAGAUACUCACUGGGGACGAUACUACGAUGGCUGAUUCACUAGAGUACGAGCCACGGGAGCCUUACAACAGGGGCAAAGCUCGAGCUAGCGUGGCUCGACAAAUCAAGCGAUGCGCCAAAAACCCGGACAGGUCGAGGGACAACGAGGCUUCAUUCCUUGAUUAUGACGAAGUCGAUUCGACGCCCGCUGCCACUGGCACUGGCACAAAGCCUACGGUACGGUCUCACGCACAAUUACCGGGUCGCAAAAUCGUCUCUUAUGACGAGGAUGAUUCGAAUACCGCGACCAGGAAGCCUCCAACCCAUACUCGCCCACAAUUACCAGGUCGCAAAAUAAUAUCUUAUGACGAUUGA